CCCUAAACCCCCAAAUUGGAAAAUUGGAAUAGAAAGCAAGCAAUGCAUCACCAAUUGGUCGUCGGUUGAAGCUGAGCACUGAGCAGAGAAGCUAUUCAAAUUCGGUUAGUCCCUCUCAGAGAAAGUUGAUUUCUUUGCUGCAAUUAUGUUUGGUUUUUGCUGUAAAAGAUUGCAAUUACUGCUUCCAAGUUGUAGCACUUCUGUUGAUUCAGUGACCCAUUUACAUUGCUUCCGCAAAGCAUCUCACUUUAGCAGUUCAUAUUCAUCCAAAUCGUUAUUAGUUGGUAAAAUAGAUAAACCCCAAGAGAAAGAUGGCUCUUUUACAGUUUCAUACCUUGUAAACUCAUGUGGGUUGUCACCAGAAGUCGCUCUCUCUUUGUCCAAGAAGAGGGUACACCUCAAAUCCAGAGAGAAACCAGAUUCGGUUAUUAAGCUUCUGAAACACUAUGGAUUCAAUGAUACCGACAUAUCCCAACUUGUUAAGAAAUUCCCAGAAGUGCUUGGGGUUAAACCUGAGAAGACCCUUUUGCCCAAACUAGAGUUUUUCAGUUCUAUUGGCCUCUCAGGCAUUGACAUUGCUCGGGCUCUUUGCAGCAACCCAAGUAUUUUGAAACGAAAUGUAGAUAGAAAUCUCAGGCCGUGUUAUGAUAUCAUCAAAAGUAUACUUGUUUCCGACUUAGAGGUUGUUGAUUUCUUUAAGAAUUCCUAUCAGCUGUUGACGGUCAAAUCAGUAAGCAACAUUGCUCAGAAUGUUUCAGUUCUGAGAAAACUUAAGGUGCCAGAGUCUUCAAUCUCUUACUAUGCGACGUGUCAGCCCUUUGUAAUGUCCCUUGAAAAAGAGAAGUUUCAUGAAGCUGUCAAGAGGGUCAUGAGUUUGGGAUUCCACCCUUCGAAUGCAACGACAUUCAUGAAAGCACUAUUUGUGAUCUCUAUAACUGAUUCAUCAAAAUGGGCAGAAAGGAUGGAUUUCUAUAAAAAGUGUGGUUGGAGUGAAGAUGACUUUUUGGCGGCAUUUAGAAAGAAUCCCUUCUUUAUGAACAUGACAGAGAAGAAUAUUUCUAGUAAAAUGGAUUUUAUUGUCAACCAAAUGGCUUUGGUUCAGCCUGCAGAUUUGGCUCAUUAUCCGACUGUCCUAACUUAUAGUUUGGAGAAAUGGAUAAUACCUAGGUGUUCAGUUAUUAGAGUUCUCCUAUUGAAGGGUUUAAUAACAAGGGGAGAAUUCAAUUUCAACACUUUGUUGGGCCUCAAUAAGAAGAACUUCUUGAAGAGGUUUGUGGUGCAAUAUCAAGAGCAAGUACCUGAAUUACUCAGCAUCUUUGAAGGGAAAAUGGGUCUUGCAGAACUGGGAUUAGGAUUUGAGGAAAAUUAAAUAAUCGCAGGAUGGUGCCGUGUUAUUUUGUUCUUAUGUGAUGAUUUAGAGAAUCAUAGGAGCCAGAUGCAUUGUAUGCUUUGCUGCCACAAAUGGUCGUAUUUUGCUAUUUUUUUCAACUUUCAGUAGCAUUUCUUAUAUGUUGUUCUGCCUUGUCAAAAGUGAUAUCUAAACAGUCAAGUGCUCAGAAAUAUGAAUAUGUAGAUUGAUUUGUGGCAGAUAUCAGUUCCUGUUCACCCUUCUCAGAAAAGGAGUCCUAGUUCACUUGUCUCCUCCUCCAGCUUUUGCCAAGCUUAAGGUGGAGUGGAGUUUGGGUUUAUGAAUUGUUAUUAGUGAAAUGUGAGGUUUACUCGAGAAUUGGUUGGGAGAACAGUUUUGAUAAUGUGCUAGUAGAAGUCGACUUAGACUUUAUGAUUACUCUUAUUACUGGUGAUCCCUUGUUUCCAUCUUUUGCGUGAACUUUUGUUGGAAUGUCAAAAUUGUUGCAUGUUUCAGAGGGAGUGCACUUAUGUGGCAGACGGUCUUGCCCGUGUUUGGCCAUGCUUUGCAACUGGGGUUCAUUGAUUUGCCGCACAUCCUGAUUGCAUCUUGCUGCGUCUUCAUGAUCAUAUUCUGUUCUUUCGUGACCUAAAUUAUUUUCUGUUUUAUUUUAUUUGGGCAAAAGACUGGCAGUUAACUAGAAGAAUAAGUGAGUUGUAAGUUGUUACAGUGUAUUUACUAAUGGCAAUUUCAUUGUACCUUAAGAUUUUAUAUCUAACAGUAGUUACCAUUCA